GUUAUGAACAUUUCUUUAGAACAAUUAUUUGAGAAAUUAAAAGAAAUUAGAACAUAUCUGAUAAAAAUCGGACCGAGUAGACGUGUAGGAAAUAUAUUGAAAGUUAAGCUCAAAGAGGCAAAUGAUAUGUUUAAUGAAUAUUCUAGUUGGUCAUUGAAUUUUAGAAAAAACGUAAGUGAAGGUAAAAUUAAAUCUAAGGACGUACCGUUUUAUGAAAACUAUUGUAAGAACUUUGAAGUAUUAUUUAAGGAUAUUUUAAAUUUGUGUCAGACAGAAAGUAUUGAAACUGUGUCUCAUUGCAAUAUGGCUACUUUUGAAUUGAAGACAGCUUUGAUUUUAUUACCUGUAAUGUCCAAUGAUGAAACAAGUGUAAAGCAGUUAAUAGAUAAUAUUAAAUAUUAUGAUUCCUUAUUAACAAAACAGGAGUGUAAAAGAAAUUUAAUUAAUUUUGUUUUAAAAAGCAGAAUAACUCAAGCUGCUAAGUUGCGUCUUCGAGACGAUUAUGCUGACGUUGAUGCUUUGAUAAGUGAUAUGAAUAAAGAAUUGUUGCCGAGAAAGGGUGCAACUGCAAUUCAGAAUAAAUUGCAAAAGUUAAGGCAAAAUGAGCUCUCCAUUUCUGACUACGGAAAGCAAAUAACGGAAUUAUUUGAGGACCUUACGAUAUCGCAGGCCAAUGGAAACUCUGAAUGUUAUAAUAUUCUAAAACCUAUCAAUGAAAAACAAGCAAUAAAACAGUUUUCCGAUGGCUUACGGAAUCGUAGGCUCAGUACUAUAAUUUCAGCUAGAAAUUACAGCUACUUAAAAGACGCAAUACAGGCCGCCCAAGAUGAAAACGAAAUUGCUCAAUUCCAGCCUGGUUACUGCCCACUGCAUUCUGCACAAUCACCGUUUCUUCUUUAG